AUGGCGGAACGUGGCCGCCUCCCUCCCACAGCUAAACGCCUCUGCUACAGACCUGGCUAUGGCUCAGGAUGUAGGCCGGGUCAGCGAGUAGGCAGCACUGGACUCGGUAGCGGGGCGCUCUACGCUGGACCUGCUGCUGCCGCCGCCGCCGCCGCCGCUGCUGCUGCUGCUGCCGCCGCCGCCGCCGCCGCCCUGGGGCUGCUGCCGCUCGGCAAGACCCAGAGUCCCGAGUCCCUACUGGAUAUUGCGGCUCGCAAGGUGGCGGAGAAGUGGCCCUUCCAGCGGGUGGAGGAGCGGUUCGAGCGGAUCCCGGAGCCGGUGCAGCGCAGGAUCGUUUACUGGUCCUUCCCCCGCAGUGAGAGGGAGAUCUGCAUGUACUCUUCCUUCAACACCGGCGCCGAGGAUCCCGCUGCUGCCCCCGCGAGGGCCGGCACCGCGCCCGGUGGGGGCGCAGAUGUUGCCGAGAACCGCUUGCCCUUCCACAGGGGCAUCGCUCUGCUAGACGGCGGCUGUGUCGAUAACGUUCUGCAAGUCGGUUUCCACUUGAGUGGCACAGUGACAGAGCCUGCAGUGCAGUCAGAGCCAGAAACUGUUUGCAAUGUAGCUAUCAGCUUUGAUCGUUGCAAGAUUACCUCAGUGACCUGUAGCUGUGGAAACAAGGACAUAUUUUACUGUGCCCACAUUGUGGCUCUCUCUUUAUACCGGAUCCGCAAGCCAGAUCAGGUCAAACUGCAUCUUCCCAUUUCCGAGACACUCUUUCAAAUGAACAGAGACCAACUACAAAAAUUUGUACAGUAUUUGAUCACAGUGCACCACACAGAAGUUUUGCCAACUGCUCAAAAAUUAGCAGAUGAAAUUUUUUCUCAGAAUUCAGAAAUCAAUCAAGUACAUGGUGCUCCUGACCCAACAGCAGGUGCUAGCAUAGAUGAUGAAAACUGCUGGCAUUUGGAUGAGGAACAGGUCCAAGAACAGGUUAAACUCUUCCUCUCCCAGGGUGGAUACCACGGGUCAGGGAAGCAGUUGAAUUUGCUUUUUGCAAAGGUGCGAGAGAUGCUAAAGAUGAGAGAUUCAAAUGGAGCUCGCAUGUUGACAUUGAUAACAGAACAGUUCAUGGCUGACCCUCAUCUGUCGCUUUGGAGACAACAAGGAACUUCGAUGACUGACAAGUAUAGGCAGCUCUGGGAUGAACUGGGUGCUCUAUGGAUGUGUAUAGUCUUAAAUCCCCACUGCAAGUUGGAACAGAAGGCCAGUUGGCUAAAAAAGCUGAAAAAAUGGAACAGUGUGGAUGUUUGUCCUUGGGAAGAUGGAAACCAUGGAAACGAGCUGCCCAAUUUAAACAAUGCUUUGCCUCAGGGUGCAAAUACUAACCAAGAUUCGUCAAACAGGCCACAUCGGACAGUGUUCACUCGAGCCAUAGAGGCAUGUGAUCUGCACUGGCAGGACAGGCACUUACAGCACAUUAUCAGCAGUGACCUAUACACCGACUACUGUUACCAUGACGACACUGAAAAUUCACUCUUUGACUCUCAGGGGUGGCCCCUCUGGCAUGAACAUGUUCCUACAGCCUGUGCAAGGGUGGAUGCAUUACGAUCUCAUGGAUACCCACAAGAAGCUCUGAGGCUAGCAAUAGCUAUUGUCAAUACACUAAGAAGGCAGCAGCAGAAACAGCUGGAAAUGUUCCGGGCUCAGAAGAAAGAACUUCUCCACAAAGGAGUAACCUCAGUAACAAAUCUUGAAGGUUGGGUGGGACACCCUUUGGAUCCCAUUGGCACCCUCUUCAGUAGCUUGAUUGAAGCCUGCAGGGUGGAUGAUGAGAGCUUCCAUGGAUUCUCAGACUUCACAGAGAACAUGGAGCAAUGCAAAUCUCUGGAGUACCAGCACCUGCCUGCACACAAGUUCUUAGAAGAAGGGGAAUCUUAUUUAAUGCUGGCUAUGGAAGUAGCAUUGAUAGGGCUGGGACAGCAACGAAUAAUGCCAGAUGGCUUGUAUGCACAAGAGAAGGUUUGUCGGAAUGAGGAGCAGCUCAUUUCUAAGCUACAGGAAAUUGAAUUGAAUGAUACUCUGGUGAAGAUUUUUCGAAAACAAGCAGUCUUCCUAUUAGAAGCUGGACCAUAUAGUGGUUUAGGUGAAGUCAUCCAUCGAGAGAGUGUUCCAAUGCACACAUUUGCCAAGUAUCUUUUCACCUGUCUCCUACCUCAUGAUGCUGAAUUGGCAUACAAAACUGCACUGAGAGCCAUGCGGUUGCUAGCAUUGGAAUCUACAGCAGCUUCAGGAGAUGUGUCUCACCCAUACCACGUUGCAUCAAGUGUUCCAAACCGGUAUCCCCGAUGGUUCACCCUAAGUCACAUUGAAUCCCAGCAGUGUGAGCUGGCAUCAACCAUGCUAACAGCGGCCAAAGGUGAUGUUCAGAGGCUGGAAACAGUGUUAGAAUCCAUCCAGAAAAAUGUCUACUCCUCAUCACACAUCUUCAAACUUGCCCAGGAUGCAUUUAAAAUAGCUACACUCAUGGACAGCUUGCCAGACAUCACUCUUCUGAAAGUUUCUCUGGAGUUGGGCCUUCAGGUGAUGCGAAUGACGCUGUCAACGCUGAAUUGGCGACGUCGGGAAAUGGUGAGGUGGUUGGUAACAUGUGCAACAGAAGUAGGUGUUUAUGCACUGGAUGGUAUCAUGCAAAAUUGGUUUACACUUUUUACUCCAACAGAAGCCACUAGUAUUGUUGCUACAACAGUGAUGUCUAACAGCACCAUUGUCCAUCUGCAUCUGGACAGCCAUCAGCAGGAGAAGCUGGCUGGCAGUGCUAGGACACUAGCUCUACAGUGUGCCAUGAAGGAUCCUCAAAACUGUGCCCUCUCUGCACUGACCUUAUGUGAAAAGGAUCACAUAGCUUUUGAGACUGCUUACCAAAUUGUUCUAGAUGCUGCUACAACUGGCAUGAGCUACUCGCAGCUUUUUACUAUAGCACGAUAUAUGGAGCACCGUGGUUACCCCAUGCGGGCCUUCAAGCUGGCUACUUUGGCCAUGACGCAUCUCAACCUGAAUUACAAUCAGGACACACACCCUGCCAUUAAUGACGUUCUGUGGGCAUGUGCGCUCAGCCACUCUCUUGGGAAAAAUGAGCUAGCAGCUAUAAUACCUCUGGUGGUCAAAAGCGUCAAAUGUGCAACAGUACUGUCAGAUAUUUUGCGUAGGUGUACUUUGAGCACUCCUGGCAUGGUGGGACUUCAUGGAAGGAGGAACUCUGGUAAGUUCAUGUCACUGGACAAAGCCCCUUUAAGGCAACUCUUGGAUGCCACGAUUGGAGCCUACAUUAAUACAACUCAUUCGCGUCUCACUCACAUCAGCCCGCGACACUAUAGUGAGUUUAUAGAGUUCCUCAGCAAGGCCCGAGAGACCUUUUUAAUGGCUCAUGAUGGUCACAUCCAGUUUACACAGUUUAUUGACAACCUAAAACAAAUCUACAAAGGCAAAAAGAAACUGAUGAUGUUAGUUCGGGAGCGGUUUGGUUGA